AUGGUGUGUCAGCUUCUUGGCUUCCAGACUGUGGAAGGAGAGGAACUAUCGUCCGUAAGCUUUCACUCGCGGAAGGAGGUACAGCAGCCCCUCAGACGAGCUCUGCUCAGCUGGAGCGAGGAGGAUGAGGACGAGGAUGGGGGUCAGAGGACGCAAAGUCUGCUGCAGAGUGACUUCGGCGAGCCGUGCAAGCAUCACUUCAACUGCAAGAGCUACCUAAUCUGCCGCAGCGGCACCUGCUCGGCCUGCGAGGCCACCCACGAGUGCCAAGUGAGGAACUCUGCACGGCAGUGCUUUCAGAACAGCUCCUCCUCGCACUUCGGGUGGACUGAGAGCCCUUACCCCUUCGCUGUCUGCAAGCACAAGCCCCUCUUCUUCCCCUUCACCACGGAGGAUGCCUGGAUCACUGUCAUUACCUUCGUCACCAUCGCUCUCGCUGCCCCGACAGGGACAGGAGGAGGAGGCAUCUUGGUUCCAAUGUACAUGAUCAUCGGCCAUUUCUCUCCUCACUCUGCUAUCCCGCUCUCCAAGGCCACUAUCCUCGGCGGCGCGAUCGCCAACAACCUCAUCAACAUCCAACGUCGCCAUCCCUUUGCCAAUCGCCCGCUCGUCGAUUACGACUCCCUGCAGAUCCUCGUGCCCAGCCUUCUCAUAGGCACCAUCCUCGGCGUGUUCCUCAACGCCGUCUCUCCUGCAUGGCUCGUCACGCUGGGGCUCGUCGUCUCCCUCGGCUACAGUUUCGCCAUCGCAGCGAAGAAAGCCUGGGCGAUUUACGUGGAGGAGGUGUUGAAGUCGUUGCCGGAGAGGGAGCCUCUGCUCGGCGAGAGGAAGGAGCAGCCAGCACAGCACUACAGCUUCGACGAGGACAAGCUGGAGCCGCAGCUGCGGGAGAUCAUCAAGGCUGAGUCGAGGCAUGACUUCAAGGCCAUCGGGAUGAUCGUCAUCUCUUGGAUUCUGGUCGCCGUGUGCUCUCUGAUCAAGGGGGGAAGUGGUCCCAACCAGUUUGUGGCCUGCGGCAGCUGGUCCUUCUGGAUGGUCGCGCUGCUGCCGUUUCCCAUCGUCAUGAUCCUGUCAUGGCGAGUCGGAACGUCGCUGAACGAGAAGUUCGAGUCGAAGAAAGCCUGUGGGUAUCGAUUUGCUGAAGGAGAUGCGGUGUGGGACGUUCAGCACGUUCGCAUCUUCCCCUUCGUCAGCAUCAUCGUUGGCAUCCUCGCGGGAGCGCUGGGUGGGGUUGAACCCUGUGGUGAGCGUGGCGACGACGGGGCUCAUGGUUCUCUUCACGUCCUCCUCGACCACCAUGCAGUAUCUCUUCCUCGGUCGGCUCAAGCUCGACUACGCCAUCUUCUUCACCCUCGUCGGACGGUGGCAGCGAGCAUCGGCAACACAGCCAUCCACCAUGUCUCCCGCAAGUACCGCAAGACCUGGUUCGUCGUCGCCAUCCUCGCCAUCACCAUCGGACUCUCCGCCGUCCUCCUCGGCUACGUCGGGUACUACAGGGCGAUCAGGUCGUGGCUGGAGGGAGAGGACAUGGGCUUCCGCGACAUCUGCCACUCGAGGGAGGACAUGCUCAAUCCUCGUGCCGCCCGCCCUUCCCAGCACUCUCAGGGGUUCCGAUAG